AUGGCAUCAAAGCGAUACGACAAUGGCGUGGCUAUCGCUCCCAACAAAAAAAAAAAGAUUUCCAAGUUGGAUGCUGCUAUGAGAGAUCUGUCGGAAGCAAACUCCAGCAAUGUUCUUCUAACGGAAGAACUGGAGAAAGCCCAUGAGACCAUCCGCUCAUUACAAUUCAGCUUAUCGUCGGCGAGAAGUGAAUUCGAAGAGGUGAACAGCGUUGAGUUUGAGAACAAUUUGGGGCCAUCCAGUACUAAGAAUCAUCGAAAUGAACCGGCUGUCGAAAUGACGCAGUUUAUGUCUACAAUGAAUCAGAUGACUAUAUCAUCGAUCAAUGUGCCAGAAUGCAAGCCAAGUGCUGAAGGUGAAGACAUUUCCAGGCUUGAUUACGACGCAUGGCAAGAUUUGCUAGUUAACUCCUUAGCGUUGGCUGGGGUUACUGACGAGAUGACCAAAUUCGUGGUCUUCAAAAAUCUUCAAGUGCGGCUCCAAAAUGAAGCGAUUCAGCCUUUUUCGAACGCCAUGCACCGCCUUAAAUCGUACUUCUUUGCGUCAACGUCGGAUAUAAUGCUGCAACGCAGAAAACUUGCCUUGAUGGCACAACAGCCCAGUGAGUCAGACCUAGCAUUUAUCAGACGAAUUAUGCUAGUAGCUAGACAAUGCGAUUAUCCGGAGGAAAAACAGUUUGAAGAAGUUCUAAGCACAGUAGCAGAACAAGCUAAACACAAAGAAAUCAGGAUUGCGGCGCUCAAAAUGAUGAGCCGCAAAGCAUCACUUUCGGAGCUCAUUGAUAAGGUCAGAGAAAUCGAGACUAUACGUCUCAAUGAGGAAUAUGUCGCCAAGAAGCAGGUUGUCACCGAACCACUGACGGCUUCAGUGAACGCUGUGCGUGCUACUGCAGAGGGCCAGUACGUUACGUUCCUAGCUACGCAACCCCAGCAUAUGGUAGAACCCCAUACCAACGAACAAAUCUUCGUGGAAGACGAGGACAAAGGCCUGUCAGAGGAGCAUUUCUACCAUGCAGCGGAGCAAUGUUUCGCAAUCAAGAUGACAUGUCAUAAUUGCGGAGGUGUAGGCCACUUGCUAAGAGCCUGUAAUUUGCCAGUGGCUGCUCGGAAUGGACGACUACACGAUGAUCGAAAUCAGAAUGAAGAUACCCUGGAAGUGGACGCGGUGGCUAAACUGGAAGACAAAAAAGAGGAUGAAAAUGUGAAAGAAUCAAUACCAGAAUCAUCGAUCAAUUCACGUAUGGUCACUGCGUUGGGAACGGAGCACGAAUCGCUAGACAAUGGAGUUAUCCAGGCAACUGUAGCCGGAAUGCCCUGCGACUUCUUGAUCGACUCAGGCGCACAGGUUAACACAAUGACGGAAUCGACGUUUCAACGGCUGGUUGGCAACGUUGAGUACAGCAAUGGGCUACAUAACAUACAACAAGGUACCGAUCGCCCACUGAAAGCGUAUGCGACAACGGAAGGGAUACAAGUAUUAUGCACAUUCGAAGCUUUCCUACACAUUUCUGAUAAUCGACCGGUAUUUCUCGAAAAGUUUUAUGUGGUUCGAGAAAUGCGUUCUCUUCUGGGUAGGUCUACUGCUACCAGGUACAGUGUCCUACUCCUAGUAUUGAAAGUCCCAUUGAGCAUUCCAACUUUUGAAAAGGAUAACUACAACAAUUGGAAUCGUGUCGCGUUCGUGAAUAACGGCGGACCGUUUCCUAAGUUCAACAUACCGGCAGUGAGAAUAAAUUAUGAUACAACAAUUCCGCCUUGCCGGAAUAUUUAUAUGAAUGUCCCUGCCGCUAUGAAGGAGGCUGUAGACCAAAGGCUUAAAGAAUUAACCGCAGCAGACAUUAUCGAACGUGUUACUGAUAAUAUGGACACGAAGUUUUGUUCCUCAAUGUUGGUCGUCCCUAAAGGCCCACACGAUUUCCGCCUGGUUGUAGAUCUAAGAGGCCCUAAUCGAUACAUUGUCCGCAGCCCAUACGCCAUGCCAAGUCUAGAGAAAAUUCUUGCGCGACUGAAAGAUGCAAAAUGGUUCUCUAGAAUAGACCUAUCAAGCGCAUUUUUCCAUAUUGAACUUGAUGAACGUUCGCGACACUUAACGAAUUUCAUGACGGAAUUUGGUGUGUACCGCUAUAAACGACUACCCUUUGGGCUGUGCAAUUCUCCGGACAUUUUCCAGGAGGUAAUGGAACGCACAAUUCUGGACGGCUGCGAAGGCGUAUGUAACUAUCUGGACGAUGUGCUUGUCUUCGGUGGAACGAAAGAGGAACAUGACAGAAACUUGUCCAAAGUGCAGGAAAGAUUGAGGGACCAUAACGUGGAAGUUAACCAUACGAAAUGCAUUUUCGGCAGCCAAGAAGUAACGUUCAUAGGUUUCGAACUAACGUCUGAUGGUUGGCGAAUCGAUCAGGACAAAAUUAACGCGAUUAAGAACUUUAGACGUCCCAAAUCUUGCGCAGAAGUGAAAAAGUUUCCUUGGUCUGAUAACUUUGUCGAUAAAUUCCUUAUCGAUCGUGCGACAAAGACCGAACAUCUGAGGGCUUUAGCCAAUGCUACCAGAUUCUACUGA